AAAGCUGACACCAUGAGGCUGCCAGCGUUGAUGUGGGCGCUCGUGGUCCUCGGAGCCUCGGAAGCUUCCGAACUCAGUUCCAUCGCCGAACGUGAAGAUGCCCUCCUUAGACACUUAUUCCAAGAUUAUCAGAAAUGGGCUCGCCCCGUCUUAAAUUCAAACGACACCAUCCAAGUGCAUUUUGGAUUGAAAAUAUCUCAGCUGGUUGAUGUGGAUGAAAAGAAUCAGCUGAUGACGACAAAUGUGUGGCUCAAACAGGAAUGGACAGACCACAAAUUACACUGGGAUCCUGAGGAAUAUGGUGGAAUCCAUUCCAUUAAAGUUCCAUCAGAAACCCUCUGGCUUCCUGACAUCGUUCUCUUCGAGAACGCUGAUGGACGUUUUGAAGGCUCCCUCAUGACCAAGGUCAUCGUGAAGCACGACGGAACCGUCGUUUGGACGCCCCCUGCCAGUUAUAAAAGCUCGUGCACCAUGGACGUCACCUUUUUCCCAUUUGACCGCCAGAACUGUUCCAUGAAGUUUGGCUCCUGGACUUAUGAUGGCACCAUGGUUGACCUCAUUUUGAUCAACGAGAAUGUGGACAGGAAAGACUUCUUCGACAAUGGCGAAUGGGAGAUCCUAAAUGCUAAAGGGAUGAAGGGGAACCGGAGAGAGGGUUUAUACUCCUAUCCGUUUAUCACGUACUCUUUUGUGCUGAGGCGCCUGCCCUUGUUCUACACCCUCUUCCUGAUCGUGCCCUGCCUCGGGCUGUCUUUCCUGACCAUUCUCGUCUUCUACCUGCCUUCUGACGAGGGGGAGAAGCUGUCCUUGUCCACAUCCGUUCUGGUUUCCCUGACGGUCUUUCUUUUAGUAAUUGAAGAAAUCAUCCCGUCUUCUUCAAAGGUCAUUCCUCUCAUUGGCGAGUACCUCCUGUUCAUUAUGAUUUUUGUUACCCUGUCCAUCAUUGUGACUGUUUUUGUCAUUAAUGUGCACCAUCGCUCCUCCUCAACCUACCACCCCAUGGCGCCCUGGGUGAAGAGACUAUUUCUUCAAAAACUCCCGAAAUUACUUUGCAUGGAAGAUCCUGUAGAUCGCUACUCUUUCCCAGAUGCCGACGAGCAUCAGCUAGCGGGGGAAGCGAACGUCCAAGAGAAAAGGAAGCACAAACCAAGGAGCGAUGGGGACAACGUUCUGGUGGCUUUCUUGGAAAAGGCCGUCGAUUCCAUCCGCUACAUUUCCAGGCAUGUGAGGAAAGAGCAUUUCAUGAGCCAGGUAGUACAAGACUGGAAAUUCGUAGCUCAAGUUCUUGACCGGAUCUUCCUGUGGCUCUUUCUGACAGUGUCCGUAAUGGGCUCCAUCCUGAUUUUCACUCCUGCUUUGAAGAUGUGGCUGCAGAGUUACCACUAGGAACAAGCCUCCUGAGAAUGUGGACGACAAACCACAGAGAUAACAUUAUAUUUUAGAGCGGGCAUCCACCUAGCCUGUAGCCUAGGCGUAGAAUGCUCAUGGAAAUGAAACGUCUCUUGAUGGGAGAGACCUUGGUAAAUAGGGAUUUGCCCACAGUUAGUGGAUGGUUGCCAGGAGAGUGAUUUGGGUUGAAAUAAGAAAGAACCUUCUCGGCUCCUUCCCAUCAGAUGGGUGAGAAACUCAUCCUCUACAUUCCGAGACUUUCCCUCCUUGACGGGAGCAGCCAGUGCUUUGGGCCCUAAUUCUCUGACACCAGUGCCCACUCUCAGGUAUGUGUGUUCAAACAGAGAGAUGGCAAAAGUCACUCCCAUGGAGACAGGCCUCGGUGGCAGAUGUUCUCAGUCUUUCUCUCAAGCACUCGCUGACUACUCCACCACUUCCUCUUUGGGUCCCCACCGUCUAUCACUUUAGGAUUGUUUGAAGGUUUUACUAGGGGGGAAAAAUCCCUUUGGCAAUUUCCCAUAUGGGACCACAAGUUUCACUGGUCUGUUAGGUUUUUACCAGAAAACGGAUCUCAUCUUUGAUCUGGCUUAUGAAGGUACCUCAGCCAACUUUCCAAUGAUGGAUUCAUUUUCUAGAAUGUUAGAG